GUGGAAGAAUAAUACAAAAAGAGAAGAAUAAUGUGGAAGCUUAAGAUUGCAGAGGGAGAGACUACGCCAUACUUGUACAGUACAAACAACUUUGUUGGUAGACAAACAUGGGAGUUUGAUCCUCAUGCUGGCACUCCUGAUGAACGAGCCGCGGUCGAAGAAGCUCGAGAAAAUUUCUUCAGAAAUCGGGGCCAUGUCAAGCCUAGUAGUGAUCUCCUCUGGCAAAUGCAGUUUCUCAAGGAGAAGAACUUCAAGCAAGAAAUACCAGCAGUGAAGGUGGAGGAUGGUGAAAAAAUCACAUAUGAAAAGGCCACAACCGCCUUACGAAGGGCGGUCCGCGUCUUUGGUGCGUUGCAGGCCAGUGACGGUCACUGGCCGGCCGAAAAUUCCGGCCCAUUAUAUUUCCUUCCUCCCUUGGUAAUGUGUACGUACAUAACAGGACAUCUUGACACAGUAUUCCCUGCAGAGCAUCGCAAAGAAAUUCUUCGCUACUUGUAUUAUCACCAGAAUGAAGAUGGCGGAUGGGGAUUUCACAUAGAAGGUCAUAGUACAAUGUUCUGCACAACAUUAAGCUACAUCUGUAUGCGCAUACUAGGCGAAGGACCUGAUGGUGGCAUGGAUGAUGCCUGCGCUAGAGCGCGGAAAUGGAUUCGUGAUCAUGGUGGCGCCAUUUACAUACCCUCCUGGGGAAAGACUUGGCUUUCGAUAUUCGGCGUGUAUGAUUGGUCCGGAAGCCAUCCGAUGCCCCCGGAGUUUUGGAUGUUACCUUCCUUCCUUCCUAUGCAUCCAGCGAAAAUGUGGUGUUAUUGUCGGCUGGUUUAUAUGCCAAUGUCAUAUCUGUACGGGAAGAGAUUUGUGGGUGCAAUUACCCCUCUCAUUCUACAACUGAGAGAGGAACUCUACAUUGAACCCUACAAUGAAAUUAAUUGGAAGAGAAUUCGUCAUUUUUGCGCAAAGGAGGAUCUGUACUAUCCACAUCCCCUGAUACAAGACUUGAUGUGGGACAGUUUGUAUCUAUUUACGGAGCCUCUCCUUACCCGUUGGCCGCUAAAUAAGCUGAUUAGAGAUCAUGCUCUAAGAUUAACAAUGCAUCACAUUCACUAUGAAGACGAGAAUAGCCGGUACAUCACAAUCGGUUGCGUCGAGAAGGUAUUAUGUAUGCUUGCUUGUUGGGUUGAAGAUCCGAAUGGGGAUUAUUUCAAGAAACAUCUUGCCAGGAUCCCAGAUUACUUGUGGGUUGCAGAAGAUGGGAUGAAAAUGCAGAGUUUUGGAAGUCAAGAGUGGGAUACUGGUUUUGCCCUUCAAGCUCUACUUGCCAGUAAUUUGACUGAUGAAAUUGGCCCUGUGCUUGCUAGAGGACAUGACUUUGUUAAGAAAUCACAGGUCAAGGACAAUCCUUCUGGUGACUUCAAGGGCAUGUACAGGCAUAUUUCACAGGGAGCAUGGACUUUCUCGGACCAAGACCAUGGAUGGCAAGUUUCGGAUUGUACCGCGGAAGGAUUGGAGUGUUGUCUGCUUUUCUCAAUGAUGCCACCGGAAAUUGUUGGUAAGAAAAUGGAACCAGAGCGACUAUUCGAUUCUGUCGAACUCUUGCUUUCUCUUCAAAGUAAAAAUGGAGGUUUAUCUGCUUGGGAGCCUGCUACUGGUCAAGAAUGGUUGGAACUGCUGAAUCCCACCGAGUUUUUGGAAGACAUUGUGAUUGAGCAUGAAUACAUCGAGUGUACUGCAUCGGCUAUCAACGCGCUGGUCUUGUUCAAGAAAUUAUAUCCGGGACACAGGAACAAAGAGAUCGGAAACUUCAUUACAAACGCAGUAAGAUUUCUUGAAAACAUGCAAUGGCCAGACGGUUCCUGGUACGGGAAUUGGGGCGUUUGCUUCACCUAUGGCACAUGGUUUGCUCUUCGAGGGCUAGCUGCUGCUGGUAAGACUUAUAAGAAUUGUUCUGCUGUGCGUAAAGCCGUUGAUUUUCUUCUCCAAACGCAAAGAGAAAAUGGAGGUUGGGGCGAGAGUUAUCGCUCAUGCCCGGAGAAGAGAUAUAUUCCUCUUGAGGGAGAACGAUCGAAUUUAGUGCAUACAGCAUGGGCUUUGAUGGGUCUGAUUCAUUCUGGCCAGGCUCAAAGAGACGCUACGCCUCUUCACCGUGCGGCGAAACUAAUUAUCAAUUCUCAAUUGGAGAAUGGUGAUUUUCCUCAACAGGAAAUCAGUGGUGUGUUUACGAAGAAUUGCAUGCUGCACUAUGGAGCAUAUAGGAAUAUGUUUCCUUUGUGGGCAUUAGCAGAUUAUCGGCAGCUGCUUCCUCUACCUUCUGAUGCCUAAUGAAUCAAAACGCAUGCAGGCUGCCCCGACCCGUUUCUUUUUGUUUGGGAACUUGAAUAUGCUGCACUACUUCUAUCUUAUGUUAGGCAUUGAUACUCUUUGAAAAUUUGGAUGAUCUCUCAAGUACUCUUAGCUUUUAUUUUUAGAGAUGUUUAUGCACCUAGCUAUUACUUAAUUCAGCUAUAUAUGGUGCUUAACUAAAUAUUGAUACUCUAUGCUAUUUGUGUUAAGGAAUUAUUUUACCAUAA